GCUAAGGGCUGUGUCCAGGCACUCUGCUUUGCGUCGUGCUAAAGAACAGCCCUUAGCUGUGGUAUAUUGGUCAUAUACCACACCCCCUCAGGCCUUAUUGAUGAAUUAUUUUACUAGUGUUUGUCAGUGUCCGUUAUUAAAUUUUGGAGAGACAUUAGUCAGUCUGUAGGUGAAGUGACAUCACUGGAGUUCGUUUUGCUGGGACAGUGGGAAUGUACGAAAAAUGGUAUUCUGUUUUGUUUAAUCUUAUAAUUUUAUCCCCUGCUGUAAAUGUAAUUAUUUUCUUUCAGAAUGUUAGUUUGAUGUUGAAAAAAAUUGCUCGUCAGCUUGUUGUUUGUGUGUUGAAGUAUUGACAAUACAAUAUUGAUUUGCACUGACCUUUUUUUUCUCCCUUGUAUUUUAUUGAUAACAUUUUAACAGUCAGUUAUUUAAUUAUGAUAAUCCUGUUUACAAUGCUUCCGGAAAUGUAUUGGCGGGAUUAGACGCUCUCAAACCAAUCGUCAUUGUCACGGAGGACCAAUCACAGGCGAGAGUCACGGUAGGUUCUGCGCAGCGUCAGUGCAAUCAGAGAAGCCGGUGUAUGUUUGAAUCUGCGUCCCGCGUUUCAACACAACGACGUUGAAGUAAAAAAAAAAGUUUCAGUUUUCAUCGCUCUUGACUUGCCGUACUUUUCCGAAGUGUUUCUAAACAGAGGAAGUUAGAAGGAAGACAUCGACCCUUUUAACCACUUGAUGCUAGCUAUUUUUAUCAGAUUUUUUUUUUAACGUAUUGGAAUAGUAUCUGCGAAUAUUACUGUCAGACCAAGACUGACGUUAAUUUAACAUUGGCAACCCCAAAAUAUUUUUUGUUGGCUGCUGUGCGGAUGAGGAUCUAAAACUGGCUAGCAACUUAGGCUAAUGUUAGUCACGAACGGGAUCAUCAUUUGAGAUUUAUCUGCCAGUGAAGUAGCCAGCGUCUUGGCUAAAUAUUGAAUAAUUUCUGUGACUAUGGCGGAUGGAGCGGGGCUAAAUUCAUUUACCUCCAGGGUUACAAAAAGAGUUAGCAAUGUGAAUGCUGCCCCUGCAGCCGCAAACAUGCGACGGAAAAGUCGACAACAAAGUCAAAGGCGUACCACUCACAACAGGGUGGUUCUGGAGCGAGUCCUGGGCAUCACCACCUCUAACAGCAGUGGACUGGCCUGUGACCCCAACACUGGCCUGGUGGCCUACCCUGCAGGGUGUGUUGUUGUGAUCCUACACCCAAAGAAGAACAAACAGACCCACAUCCUCAACACUUCAAGAAAAACCAUCACUGCCUUGGCCUUCUCUCAGGAUGGAAAGUAUUUGGUCACUGGUGAGAGUGGUCACAUGCCCUGUGUGCGGGUUUGGGACGUGGUCGAGCAGGCCCAGGUGGCAGAGGUACAGUGCCAUAAGUACGGGGUGGCCUGUGUGGCCUUCUCAACCAACAGCAGCUACAUCGUGUCAGUAGGCUACCAGCACGAUAUGACCGUCAGCGUCUGGGAGUGGAGGAAGGGGACGGUGAUAGCGUCCAACAAGGUGUCUAGCAGAGUUCUGUCCGUCUCGUUCUCCGAAGACAACAGCUACUUCGUCACGGCAGGAAACCGACACGUCAAGUUCUGGUACCUAGACGCCUCUAAAGAAAGACGGGUGAACAGCACGGUGCCUCUGAUUGGCCGAUCGGGAUUGCUAGGGGAUCAGAGGAACAGCAUGUUCUGUGGUCUGUCGUGUGGGCGGGGCAACAUGGCCAGCAGCACCUAUUGCAUCACUUCCUCUGGCCUGCUGUGUCAGUUCAACAGCAGGAGGAUGCUGGAUGCCUGGGUGGACCUCAAGACCACCUCUGCUCGCUGUCUGUCGGUGAACGAAGUGUUUAUCUUCUGUGGCUGUGCAGAUGGUACCGUCCGACUCUUCAGCCCCCAGAACCUUCACUACAUCACCACGUUGCACCGGCCGCACUGCCUGGGAGUGGACAUCACACAGGGCCUUCAGCCAGGGCAUCUGUUUGUUGCCGACCCCAAGGCAGAAUACCCAGACACCCUAGCCUUGACCUUUGACCCUGUAACCCGUCACCUGACCUGUGUGUACAACGACCACAGCGUGUAUGUCUGGGACGUCCGUGACAUCAAGAAUGUAGGGAAGGUCUACUCUGCCCUCUACCACAGCGGCUGUGUAUGGAGUCUAGAGACAUACCCUGACAUGGAUCUGUCCCGUUCCUGUCUGCCUCCUGGAUCUUUCCUCACCUGCUCUUCAGACAACACCAUCCGGCUGUGGCACAGCGACCCGGGACUGGUGCAGGGAACCGGCUGCCUCCGUAACGUCUACAGCCACGAUCUGUUGAGGAUUGUGUACGUGGGGGAGGACACUCAACAUCUUCAGACGGAGGGGGAGAGAGGAGAGGGGGGUGGAAUGGACGCUAAGUCAGGGAUCAGAGUCCUGGGUAUCAGUCCUGAUGGACAACAUCUGGCAGCUGGAGACCGCAAUGGAAACGUACAUAUAUUUGGUCUACAGUUCAUGGAUCAGCUGCAGAAGAUUGAAGCCCACGACUCUGAGGUGCUGUGUCUGGAGUUCUCCCCUGCAGAGACGGGUCUUCACCUGCUGGCGUCGGCCAGUCGAGACCGUCUGAUCCACAUCUUCAACAUGGAGAGGAACUACAGUCUGGAGCAGACCGUCUAUGACCACUCUGCCUCCAUCACCGCUAUCAAGUUCACUGGUGUCAGCCCAGAGGUCCUCAUGGUGAGCUGUGGUGCUGAUAAGAGUAUCUACUUCCGCACCGCUGAACAGUCUUCGGAGGGGCUGAACUUUGCCCGUAGUCACCACGUAGUAGAGAAGACCACUUUGUAUGAUAUGGACCUGGACGCUACUCACACACACACCGCCAUCGCCUGCCAGGACAGGAAUAUCAGAGUAUACAACGUGAAGAGUGGCAAGAUGAAGAAGUGUUUCAAAGGUUCUACAAGUGACGAAGGAACACUGCUGAAGGUUCAGAUGGACCCCGCUGGGAUCUACCUAGCAACAAGCUGCUCUGACAAGAGCAUCUGUAUCUUUGACUAUGAGUCAGGAGAGUGUGUGGCCACCUUGUUCGGUCACUCAGAGAUUGUAACUGGUAUGAGGUUCAGCCAGGACUGCAGACACCUCAUCACCAUAUCUGGAGACAGCUGUGUGUUCCUGUGGAGGCUGGACUCCCAGAUGACUAACUCUAUGAGGAAGAGACUGGCUGAGAGGAAACAGACAGCUGGAGUGACGACUACUGCCAAAGCCCCGACCAAGGAGCAUCUUAUCAGGAGAGAGACCUUCAUCACUGUGCCAUUGGGCCACCUCCCCCAGGCAGGAGAGGAAGAGGAGGAAGAUGAUCCCAGGACUCCUGCUCGAUGUGACAUCACUCAUGACGUCCUUGCUCUCGACCCCAUGGUGCCACAGACCAACGGCAAACUGCCCAUGUGGGCCAGGAAACUGGGUCCUGCAGCAGGCACCACUGCUCUCCCCGCCGAGCUCCAGCCAGCACACCUCCAGCCGCGCGGGCGCUGGGCAGAGCAUCUCAACCCCCUGGCCAUCCGCUCUGUCCUGGAGACACACAGCCUGCAGCGCCCUCUCUCCCCCACCCCCCGCAGAGCAGAGGGACCAGUAGAGGAGGAAGAGGAGGAGGAUGAGGAGGAAGAAGAUCCAUACUUCCACCCUCAGAGCCUGGACAGCCUGCUUGGAGAGGAGGAGGAGGAAGAUGUGAUGGUGGUGGAGGACAGCGAAGUGGUGGAGGAGGAAGAUGUGGUGGAGGACAGCGAAGUGGUGGAGGACAGCGAAGUGGUGGAGGAGGAAGAUGUGGUGGAGGACAGCGAAGUGGUGGAGGACAGCGAAGUGGUGGUGGAGGAGGAAGAUGUCGACAACGAAGACCAGGGUUCUGGGUCUCUUCAGAGGCCUGGGUUCCUGGCCCUACCGGACAGUGACGACAUGUUUGGUCCAGGCCUCAGUAGCUACGUUCUUUACCCGGCUAACAGCACCGCGCUGUCCACUGGAGGAGGAGAGGGUGAGUUUGGCCAGCAGCAUCAGCAGCAGCAGGGCUGGGGAGGAGAGGACGAGCUGAGUCCAGACAGCGCUUGUUGUGUUGGCUCUGCAGAGAGCCAAGACCAACCCCAGGAUGAUACUGACUCCCUGAGCCAGGUGAGUUCUACAGGUAGUUCUGGAGUGGAGGAAGAGGAGGAAGAUCCACAGACGCUCCUUAGACAACACUUUGACACCAUGGCCAACCACCUGAGCAACGAGGAGAAGUUUGAGACUGACCUGUCCAGUCUGCAGACUCCACCCAUGGAGACAGAGAGCCUCUUCCUCAACCCCAGAUUCAGCAUCUCUACACGCUUCCUGUCUCGUUUCCAGAGCCGACUCCGUGGUCCUGGUUCUGCCCUCUGUCCCGCUCCUCUCCCGCCCAGCAUCACUGAGGAGCCCAGCAGCCAGUCCUCUCCUGACCCCACCCCAAGCCUCAACACCACUCAGGCCAACUCAAAGCAGUCCGUCGUGAGCAGUACCACAGAAUCUGUUCAAGAGGAGAGCCAGGCCCCUGAUGUGACAGAUAAGACCCUGAGGUCUCAGUCUAGUGUUCCAUCAUCAUCCAGCUCCACCCUCAAACCCUCCCAGUCCGGCCUGGACAAGGAGCCCCUGACCCGGCUGCCUCGCCAGCGUUACAUGGGCACCACCACCAGCUCCAGAGCCAAGAGGUCCCAGGGUGAGGGCCUGAACAUCUCCCCGACUGAGGAGCACCCUGCUGGGGGGAAGAUCAUGGAGGCGAGAGCCUCAUCCCUCCAGGACCUCCAGAACAGUACAGACCCGGAGUGCAAGGAGAAUCUGCCGCCCCCUGGAGUCCAGCCCCCUGGAGUCCAGCCCCCUGGAGUCCAGCCCCCUGGAGUCCAGCCCCCUGGAGUCCAGCCCCCUGGAGUCCAGCCCCCUGGAGUCCAGCCCCCUGGAGUCCAGCCCCCUGUAUCCCACACCACCACCACUUCCUCAGUGGAGCCUCCUGCCAGCCAGCCUCCCUCCGUCCCUCCUUCUCCUGCGGGGAACCACAGAGCCAGAGCAGCUCUCCACCUGGACCUGGCUGUGCCCUCUGACCCCCCCACACUAACCUUCCCUCUGGCCUCCCACAAGUCCCAGAGGAGGUUUGGAGACUCGACCCGCCACGCCUUGGUCACCCCCACUGAGAUGCGUUCUCUGGGGAAGGAGGCGAAGAGGUGCCUCCGUAACAUGGAGGACAGCUUGGCGUCACGUGGAGGAUUAUCAGGGCUCCGCAGCAGCCUGGCCCCGGCCUCCACCACCGCCACGUCUCCGGCCCCCACCAUGGCCCCAACCCCCCGUCUGUGCUCAACCCUCCCUCAGGCCCAGCUCACUGAGAGCCCCUCCCAUCUGCCCCAGCUGCAGCAGGCUAGCGACAGUCCUGUCUCUGGUUCUGCCUGUUUUUUCCCUCUCCAUGGUGACUCUGGUCUCCAUGGUGACUCUGUAGAGGAAACCCUGAACCUCCAGAUGUGUCACCAGGUAGCCAACGAGUUGAGGCACACCAUGAGAAGAGCCGUCAUGUUCUACAACAAGGUCUGCUGCAUGACAGACAGCCCAGAGCAGCAGGGCCAGAUGUCGGCCAUUUUGAAAGAGGCCUUCUGUGUGACGCAGACGGAGCUGGACUCUGUGUUUCCUUCAGGUCAGAGGUCAGCAGCAGGUCACAGCGCCCCCUGUCCCCUGGAGGACUCUCCAGGUCGCCAGCUGAGAGACGACCGGACCGUGGCGCUACUGGAGAAAUACUCUGAGAUGCUGCUGUUCAUUGCUGAGAAGAAGAUGGACAGUAGUUAGCUGAUGGGGUUUUGACUAGAUGGGAUGCUACGCUAAUGUCAGAAGUUACUUUUCGUAGCAGAUUAGGGGGUUAAGGUAAGGAAAAGUUUAUCCCUGACUCGACUCGAAUAUGCCCGUUUUAACAGACAUGACCCUAGCUGAUGGAGGAUGAGACAAGACGUCCUUACAUGAAGCAAAUAUUUACUAACCAGACGUGAGCAAUUGGAUGCUUUCACUUCCCACCAGACUGUUUCAAUAGCAUCCUGUCCCUUUUAACCAACAGCACCUUUUUAAACCUGACCAGACGACUGUCUGUGUAUAUAGUAGAAUGUUUAUUUAGAUUUGUUUUAAACCUAUACUUGUAGUGAAAUGUUUAGCACCGCAUUAGAGACUGACUGAAAUAAGUCACUGGUAAAUACAUGCUUCUCAAUCUAGUUUAAAGUCUCCAACUUGUUUAAAAUCCUUUUUUUUUUUUUUUUUUUAGCUUUGUCUUAUUUUCCUCUAUCUUUUAAUGGAUGUUUUAUUUUAAUGUUUUCUUUCUUUAAUUGAAGCUCUUGUUUUGUUGUCUUUUUUGUGUUUGGUAGCUGUUGUCAUUCUUCGAUUUAUUUAGCUCUCAUUUGAUGAUCUGCUUGAAGUCGCUGCAGGGCCCGUAUCCACAAAAGCAUCUGAAAAGAGGUGCUGAUCUAGGAUCAGUUUAUUAUUUUAGAUGCAUUGUGUUUUUUUUUUAUGAAUACGACUACAUUAGACAGAUCCUAGAUCAGCAAUCCUCCUCUGGGAUGCUUUGUGGCUACGAGCCCAGGUCCUUAACCCAUUCUGUAUCUAACCUUGUAGCCAUGUAUCACUUUAUUUAAAACGUGGAUCUAUUGAGCAUCAAAGCAGUCAAUGAGGAGUCAUUCAGCCACAACCAAAGUGACCUGUUUUAAUCAGUGUUUACAUUUUUUAAACUCUCUUUUUGACCCUGUCCAGGUAUUUGUGCACCGGGUUAUGUUUGCUAGUUGAUAGAGAGAACUCAGUAUCUAAGCAGUCAAGUUGAAGUUAAGUAUUAGUUUUGGUUUCUGUUUGGUUUCUAUUGAGGUUGGAGCCAACAGACACUAGUGUUAAGGGCUCUAUUAUGUUAAAGCCUAUGGCAUCAGAUGGGUAUAAUAGUCUCACUGUCACCUGCAGUGUUUUGUACAGUCCCCGUGGUGUUUCACUGUGUACUUCAUGGUUUCUCGUGAAAUUGUUCAAUUUCAAUGUAAAUUAUUUGUAAUAUUUUACCUGUCUGCUUUUGCAUUCAUACAAAAUGUAUAUUUUACUAAGAGUUUGUAAUAAAGGUGUUUUACAUAUUG